AUGGCUGCCUGUUUCAUUUCGUUGUUGAUUUUGUUCGGGAUUUAUCCCGUGGAAGGGAAUGAGGUGAAUUCACGUGACUGUCGCCCUACGAGUCAUGACAUUCUGGGCCCGUAUUACGUGCCGAAUCCGCCCAGACUUUUAAAGUACUGCACGGGGGACCCCGAACUCCACCAGCACGAAAGACUGGUGGUGAGUGGAUAUGUGUACAAGAGCGACUGCAUCACGCCCAUGACUAACACAAGGAUCGACAUAUGGCAGGCAGAUCUCUCGGGUAAUUACACCCUCGGGGCGAAGUGUCGGGGCUACUUGAGAACGGAUUCUCGGGGGUAUUACGAAUUUUCGACUCUAUACCCGGGCAAGUAUCAUUUACUCAGCGAGGCUUUUCGCCCGGCUCAUAUCCACUUCAUGGUGAACGGAAAACGUCAUCAUAAGACGCUCAUAACUCAGUUAUAUUUCGCUGGGGAUUUGAACCUAGGACCCAACGACCCAUGUACUGUGUGUAGCUCGGACAGAGAGGAUCUUGUUGCACACGUGGAAUUCCUCUGUGAAACUCACGACCAUUCAAAUUGUAUCCAACUGGUAAGAUUUGACAUCGUUCUGGAAAGGGGAAGAGGUUUGUCACGAACCUAGAGUGUGUGAAUAUAUCGCCAUUCUUGAACUGACACUCCUAUUAUAAGACAAGUGAAAAGCUAAUUUUUACCAAUAACCCAUUUUGAACUUUGAACUUUACUAAUAAGAAAAGUUGAAGUGAUAAAUUAUAAAGUGAUAAGUGACCUUGAUCGACUGAUGAUAAGUCAAACUACUCACUGCACAAAGAUCGAUAUUCUCGAUGGUUUGAAUUCUCCUGGAUUAACAAAAACGGAGAGAGAAGUAAUCUUUUCUAUCAAUUUGCAUGAUUUUAACCAUGUGACAAAAAGAAAUUUCUCGAAAAUUACAAAUACAGUGUUGAUUGCAUUUUGCUUUUUAUGUUCGUCUCAUACUAUUGUUAAAUUACCUGAAAGUCCAGUUGAGCACAAAAAGUCGCCGGACAUUUUUAAUUAUACUGAUGACAUGUACAUAUCUUAUUAAAAUGAUUUUAUAACUACAGAAGACCUGUCGCAUAUGAAGUUUUCAAUAUCUAUCUUUCUAGAGGUUUAUAUGAAGGACAAAAAUGACAACAAAUUGGAGAGUAUGGCAGUACUUUUUAUCACCUCAUUUAAUAACUGUAUUAAGCCAUAGAAAAGAUACGUUAAAUCGUAAAUGUUGCAUUCAAAGUUAUAUUUCAUUAUCGAUGAUAAAGGCUUGUCAUAUUAUAUCAAGUGAUAUUAAAUGUCAAUGUAACAGGUGUUAAUAAACAGAUAAA